UCAAAUUUCGCGAUCUAGGGUUCUUGUCUGCAACGAAAUGGCUGACUCGCCUCGAAGAAGUUUGAUGAAGGAAAGGGUUUUGUGAGGUGAAGUUGUUUCUUGUUAAAAAUAAGACAUUGUUGAGUAUAUGAAGGGAAGAUACAUGUUCUUGUUGGGAAAUGGGAAUGAUUGUAUUAGAAAGAGAACCAGAUACUGAAAUUUGAGCAGCAUGUUAUCGAAGUUGUAUUUGUCGUUAAGGGGGGUUGCUACAUUUUCUUUAAUGAGUUUUGAUGCAAAUGUUUGAGAUUCCACACACACUAAGUGAUUUUAUGGAUAGAUGUUUUAAACAACUUGACGAGAGUUUGAACCCUUGACAUGUCAACUACGGGAUUACAUGUAUUCACGCUCCCCUCUGUAUGAAGCACCAUCCAGGUCCAGGUCCAGGUCCAGGUCUCGAUCUAGAUCAAGAUCCUGGUCAAGGUCAAGAGGCAGGCCUGUAUCGAGAUCAAGAUCAAGAAGUCGUGGCAGGGAAGAGGCAAUAAAUCCUGGAAAUACACUUUACGUCACUGGUCUAUCUACACGUGUUACACAGGACCAGCUUGAAGAACAUUUUUCAAAAGAGGGAAAGGUGGCUAACUGUUUUCUGGUUGUGGAACCUCGUUCACGCAUCUCCCGUGGCUUUGCUUUUAUCACUAUGGAAACUCUUGAGGAUGCUAAUCGCUGCAUAAAACAUCUUAAUCAGUCGGUUCUUGAACAUCGCCAGAUAACUGUGGAGAGAUCGCGAAGGAAACGCCCAAGAACACCCACACCUGGUCAUUACCUAGGCCUGAAAAACACUCGGGACACUGGCUAUCGGGGUGAUAGAGGGAGGUAUCGUGGUGGGUCUGGACGUGAUGACUAUGGAUACCGGAGGUCUCCACGGCGGUCACCGCCACCAUAUAGAGGUGGUCGUAAUUACUCUCCUCCAAGGAGGUCCCCACCACCAUAUAGAGGUGGUCGUGAUUACUCUCCUCCAAGGAGGUCCCCACCACCAUAUAGAGGCGGCCGUGAUUACUCUCCUAGGCGCUCACCUUAUUACGGAGGGAGAUCAAGGAGGGAGCGAACAAGGUCUCCUCCAUAUUCUCCUUACAGGAGUCCUGAAAGGCACUAUGGUCGUCGUUAGGUAAGGAUUUUCUCAGGCCGCUGCUGAUUGAAAAUAUGUGGUCUAACUGUGAAUUUGGCAGAUGUUUUUUCUGCCCUUUCCGAAUGUUGAAUUUGGCAGAUGUUGAUGUUUAACCUCUUGUGAACUAUAUAUGUUGCGUUACAUCCAGUCUUAUGGUUUGUUAAAAGAGUUUUGUUGCUGGUUUUAUAUGGAUCUUUAUUUAUGGAGGAAAACUUUAAGAUGAGAAGAAUU